AUGGCUUCCGCAAAACCUCCAUCUGAAAGCCUCCAAGCCAUCCCAACUACAGUUACAGUUUCGCAACACAGACACCAAAAUGUGGCCAAGGAAGGACACGAGGGCGUGGACGCCUGGCUGCAGGCGUUAGGUGCCUUUCUCAUUUACACAGCAACAUGUGCCUAUGGCUUGUACGAAAGCUUCUAUGAAACAACCCUGUUGUCUUCCACGCCCUCGACCACAAUUUCUUGGGUCGGCACGCUACAGGGUGUCAUUCUCAUCUUGGGGGGCGUCAUAAUGGGACCGAUCUUCGAUCGUGGAUAUAUCCGGGAGCUCUUAAUCAUAGGUACAAUAACCACAGUAUUGGGCGUCAUGAUGCUGAGCUUAGCCCGCGAGUACUACCAGAUUCUCCUGGCACAGGGUGUUUAUAUCAGUAUGGGAAGUGCAAUCCUAUAUAUGCCCAGCAUCAGUCUCGUUGCGUUGAGGUUUCAACAACGUCGCCCAUUGGCCAUAUUCAUAGCCACCACCAGCACCGCAUUUGUUCUCGGCUUCGUGACACUAGGUGAAUUAACUAUAGCAAUGGCAAUCAUGUUACCCAACACCAAGAGCAAGGCUCCCAAUAAUAUCCGCUCCCUUCUAGAUCCCACCGCAUUCCGCGACCCAGCGUUUAUGGCCUUCUGCGUAGCUCUAUUCCUCAUAUAG